AUCGCUGGCCGGUCAUGUGUGUGUCACUCUCACACGCUGUCUCGAAUAGUUUUCAGUUGAAUCCUUGCAUUAUUGUCCUUUUCGUAUAGAAUUUUACGAAAAUAUCUGGUCAAGUUGCUGAUUUGAAACAAAAUAAUUCUUUGACCAAUUUAAACACGGGAAAAACAAUUCUAACGACGAAAUAUAUGAGCGAAGAAUAAUUAGAGAAUUUUGAAACAAAUUAAAGAAAAUACGAACGAAAGGCGCGAGAAAAAAAGUGACAAAAAGUAUGUGAUCGCGUGUGGUUGGAAAAUUUCAGUUGUAAAUUCUUCAACUGUUUUUGUUGUAUCUGUUGUUCGAUUCUCACUUCACCGCGUGUAUUUUCUUUUGUUAUUUCUCGUUGAAUCCUCGAGUUUCGUAGCCUGAGAAACGUCAAGCGAAGUUUCGCGCGUAAUUUCUCGUACGCGCGAGGUGGAACGUCGAGUGCGAAUUUAGUGUUUGUUUACGACGCCCCGAUCGAAACGCGUCGAUUCACUGUUCGUUGUUAUUGUUAUCAGUGUUAUUAUUAUUAAGCUAUUAUUAACGUUAUAAUCACUAGAAUGGGAAAGCUACGAACGUUGAUUUCAUGCACGAACACGUGAGAGAGAGAGAGAGAGAGAGAGAGAGAGAGAGAGGACGAGGGAAAAAGGAGGGCCUUCGACAAAAUUGUACAUCGAAUCGUCCUGUGUGGUCGCAAAAUCGAAAGCAAGAUAGCAGGAGAGAGAGCGCGUUGCACGCACGAGAAACACGGGCGAAGGCGCCAGCAGAGAAAAUCGAGGGAAUCGAGGGAAUAGGUCACGUGAUACGCGACUCUCCUCGGACCCAAUAAUAGAGCUUUGAAAGCGGGAAAAGGCAGAGUGGAAGGGCGAGUAAGAGGGAGCAAAAGACGUAAGAAAUCACUGGAGAUCAGAGCGCACGAUGGCUCGUCUCGAUGUUCUCGGUUCACGAUUUUUCUCAAUAAUCUCGAACAUCACCAACGUUCGAGACAAUUGUUUAUCAUCACGAAGUGUUCAUUAAUAAUAUAUUCAAUCUUCGUUAGUAGUGAAAUUUGUUGUGCAUCGAUUAAACAAAAGUUGCUUUUCUACUUUUUCCAUCCUUUUUCACCGUCUCCGCGAGUGUGCGCGCAGGUGCAAUUCCACCGAGUUGUUGCUCCAACUAUCUUCAGGCCCAGUGUGACACGCAGUACAUAGUUUGCCCACACGAGGGCGCGCAGCCAACGAACACGAUCGUCUCUAUUCACAUCUUCAACAACGAUUUUAUUUUCACUCAACAUAAACCCUACUCCUCGCCCUUUCGUCCUACGAACUUGUUGCUUUUCUCCAUAUUUUUCCUUCUUUUUUUAUUGUGUCGUGUAUUAUGGCGUACAAGUUUCGCGAAGAGAUCGUGGGAAAGAGGUUCCUCUCAGUGAGUGGUUUCUCCAAGCUUAAGGUUAAUAAGAUCAGUGAGUGGGGGUGGCGUGCUGGUGUUAUACGUGCCGCGAGUCACAGGGAUAACGGCUGUCAGGAUUUACAGGUUCUCGUCGAAUACGACGACGUCGAGUGGCAGAGACGCGAGUGGCUGUCGCCCCACAGGGAUGCUGUUUUCUCGUUUUUUCUCAUCGAGAAGGGCCUCUGCUGGGCCGAAAGAACUGAUCCUCGACACAACAGCCUCAUGCCAAUCGACCAAUAUAAUCACGCCAAUAAUAAUCAUCACCACAGGCUCAACGGAAAAUUACUCAGGGGUUCUGUCACCACUGCCAAUACUGUCGCUUCGCCCGCUAUCUCUUUUUAUCCGCUGGUUGCCCGCGCCGAGUUGAACGAGGAGGCGAUGCCUGUUGAAUUUAUGCAGGAUCGGAAGCUCGAGUUUCUCGAUUACUCGAAGCUAAAACCGUUUGCGGAUUGGGACCUGACCAAGGGUUCGAUGCCGUGGGGCAGCGCGGUCAGACGAUGGGCAGAGAUGCAGGAUGGCCAGAGAAUACUUUUGACGACACCGAGCAUCCUCGUUGGCUUCAGAGUCGAAGUAUAUCGAGCCGAGGGCACAACUCAAUGGUAUACAGCUGUGAUCGUAGGUUACAACGAGGCCACGAAGGAUUUGACGGUAACCGAUGAUACGGUUUUGGAGGAUCACAACGAGGAUCCUGGCCUCGUUCAAAUGCGUCUGAUCGGUGACGGAGUCGUCGAGAGCAUAAUGAGGGGUGAGGUGGUUGGAACGACUCCCCGAAGAUCGAGGUCGUCGACCGGAUUAAUGACACACGCCAUCGUCGUGCCACGACCUGGUCGCAGACCACGAGGACGUCCCGGGAAUAAUUCACAAAUACAAAACUCGUUGGGAGUCCAAAGCCCCGUGUCCCAGCAACUCGAAAGAGAAAAGGGAAGCGUCAGGAAUAACCGACGAAGACGGAUAAGCGAGGGGACUCUUCGAGAGGGCAACAAGGUCGAAGCUGGGGUCGAAGAGAGCAGCUCGUUAUCUUCGAGGCAAGAGGAUCGCGAGAACAAAGGUCCCUCGUCAACCGGAAGGCCGGCAAUCCGAGCUGCACCAAGGUCAGUGCUGGAAGAGACGAGUUACGGGGCAGCGGCGUCGGGUAGCAGCAGCAGCAGCAGCAGCAGCAGCGUUUCGAAAUUGCGCAGACGUCCGGGCUCCGGUAACCCAAAACACACGAGCAGCGGGAGCAGCAGCAGCAAUAGCAGCCAUCAGCUCGAAACGAACCCGAGAAGAGCGGUAAGAAAGAGAAGAACACCGAGAGCCGGAGGAGCAGUCGGCGGGGGGGUCAAAAGACCGGAGGAGGAUUCGGAAGACGCUGACAACGACGAGGACGAGGAGGACGAGGAGGAAGAGGACGACGAGGAGGAGGAGGAGGAAGAGGAGCGGGAGAAUCGUCUGAGUCCGUCGAAAUUGAACGUCAAAAAUUCCGAAGUUGAAGACGAGGAGGAGGAGGAGGAAGAGGAAGACGAGGAGAACGAUAACGAGGAAGAAAAUUCGUGCCAAGUUUCGAGGCGAGGGAAUAAUCUCACCAAGAGGCUCGGAACAACAACUUCGACGAGACGUUUGCGAUCGGAUCGUAAGUCUCGCCUCGCUCACGGGUCCACCGAGCAACGAGUAAGUAAGAUCAAACCGGCUGGAACAGCUUCGUCGAGCCUAACGGUCGUCAAAAGGGAAGCGGAGGAGGAGCGAGUGGGAGAGGAGGCGGCGGUAAGAACAACCGGGAAAAGGAGCCUCCGGAGAUCGGAAGAAUCGAUAGAGCACGAGGAAGAAGAAGAGAGCGAAUCGAGGGAACGAGAUCGCGAGCCGGAACCACCACCUCCGGACAAAUCAGAUUCGGGAGGUGAAAAGAAGAUCGGGAAGGACGGGAACGAGGAGGAGGAGGAGGAGGAGGAGAAGAAGAAGGAGAGAGCAUCAUCGGCGAGGAUCGAUCUCGAUGAGCAGCGAAGAACGAGCGAGAGACUGAUCGAUCGUUCGAUCUCGUUGCGCGAGGAUAAUCUCGUGAAUGGAGUCCUCAAUACGAUCGAUAAUCCGUUGGAUAUUAACGAGGAUCGGGAGAAAAUUAGACGCGAUAAAAGCGCUCACGGUGCAACGAGAGCGUUGAGACUGCCCGCGAAAGAUCGAAGAAAAGCUGAACAAAUUUACAAGUCGCACUCUCCCCUGUUAACCCAAAUAACGAGCACGACGAUAUUGGAUAAAUCGGAAAACUCGAGGAAGGACAAAAGCGAGACGAAAAAGGACCGAGUCACCUCGAUACCGGACAGAGACUCGGACGAGGCGGCCGAAGAAGAAAUCUCCCGAAUCUCGAGAUCGGUCCUCGAGAGCGGCGCCGGGAUUAAAAAAAAUUGCAACAUCGUCGAUAAAACGAGUCCUGCGAUCGCCGCGGAAGCUGGCGGCGGCGGUAUCGAGGUCAGCGAACAAGUCGCUACGAGUUUGAUUUCCCGGAGUCCGAGCCUCGUUAUCGGGCGAACGAACAGCAGCGGCGGUGGCAGCAGAAGCGUAGAGUUUAUCGAGUCGAGCACUCACGACGGCUCCGUGCUGGAGAGACUGAGUCCGCUCAGCGGUGGGCCGGGGAGGCAGAGCCUGCUCUUCGAAGAGCAGGAACGCAACCGGCACAACGAGAGCCCGGUCAUACUCUCCGAGAGGCUGAACAAACCGCCACCCCCGCCGCCCUCGCAAUCGGCGUCCCAGGCCACCGCCGCAGCUCUCGCCGCUCACCAUCCUCACACUCGUUAUCAGCCCCAGCCCCAUCAGCAGCAACACCAACAACAACAACAACAACAACAACAACAACAACAACACCAAAUCCAUUAUCAUCGUCAUCAGCAACAAAAUCACAAUCCUCACAGCUAUCAUCAUCAAACGCUACAGCACCAUCAGCAACAGCGUUAUUCCUCCAGUCCCGUUAUUCAACACCCUCAACAGCAUCAUAUUCAUCACCAUCAGCAACAGCAGCAACACCAUCAACUCCAUCAACGUCACUCUUCCAGUCAGAGUCCUCACAAUCCUCAGCAGCAUCAUUAUUCGAACAGCUCGAAUCCCCACGGUGAGUUAAAUCUCAGCUCGACAAACUCCCCGGCCUCAUCGUCGCUCAACGAAAGACGGGAGUCUCAUCUGGUGCACCAAUCGCGAGGUGGCGAUGAGGCCGGCCACCUCAUGGAGGUGGAGGCCGGGGUCGUCGGUAGAUUAUUGGUACCCGGUGCUACGAGCGCUCUUCCCGGGUCUGGAAUCCUCGGUAUUUCCGGCUCAAAUCCCACCAACAGCAGUCCCAACGCGCACAAUUCCCAACAACAGCAGCAGCAGCAGCAGCAGCAGCAGCUCCAUCAUCACCAUCAUCAUCCACAACAUCAUCAACUUUCAAGCGGAUUGUCAACGAGCAGCCCGAGUGGAUCUUCCUCCAGGAACGUUUCCGCAGCAGCCACCGCCGCAGCUGCCACUUCCGGUUACACUGACAGCGGCUCCGACAGCGGGGUAAGCUCACUGAGGAGUGCCGGCUCCGGUGACGAAAGAAGCGGCAGCCGAAGCUCGGCGCUCAGCGCCGAGGAAAUAACCACCGUCGUCCCAACCGUUCCAAUAUCCGCAUCUUCCUCUUCAUCCUCGUCAUCCUCUUCCUCUUCCUCCUCCUCCUCCUCCUCCUCCUCUUCAUCAUCUUCCUCUUCCUCCUCAUUAUCCUCAUUCCCGAUCACAUCCACCCCCAAUUGUUCUACGGUCCCGUCAGCCGCGGCCGCGAUACCGGCGCGUGUCUGGCACGUUCAAAGCGUACAACACACCUCUUUACUCAUGGCUCAUCCUCAGCCUCAUCCGGCUCAGAUACCGGCAGCCUCGUCCACACCGACCGGAUCUGCCGGAUCACCGGCCGCUACGAGCAACGCCGCCGCAGCCGCAGCCGCAGCCGCAGCUCUUGGAUAUCACAGCCCCGUCUCGGCGGCCUCUCAAUCCCAGCAACAGCAUCACCAUCCCAACACGGAAAUUCUAUGGAGGCCACCCCGGUAUCCACCUCUUCCGCAUGGACUUCUUCCGCCUUCCUCGCAACCCAAUCCCGAAGAGAUCAUCGAGAGGGAAAGACUUCUUCGGGAACGUCGCGAGGUGGAAGUUAGGGAACAAGAGAAACGGGAACGGGAUUACGAGGCUAGAAUGGAACGAGAGAGGCUCGAGAAGCAGAGGCUCGCUGAGCAAGCUGUACACAAGCACUUCGAGGUGUCCUUGAGGCUUGCCGAGCAAAAGGCGUCUUAUGUCCCACAGAGAAACAUGCAAUCUUCCUCGAUAGCGUGGAACAGUUUCGUCCCUCGACCGCCUCCAGGAAGCCGGAGUCACGGUGGACCACCGCCUCACAGUGGCUUAUCAGGCCACGGAGCACCCCAUCAUCAUCCUGCCGGGCCCGGAGGCACUGCUACGCAUCCCGUCACCGUGGUUCAACAACAGCAGCAGCAACAGCAGCAGCAGCAACAACAACAACAACAACAACAACAACAACAACAGCGUGAACGCGAGGAAAGAGACGCCCGUGAUCGUGAACGCGAAGCUCAAAUUAGAGAACGGGAACAAAUGAGAGAACGAGAGCGAGAACACCUCGCCGUUACUGAGCGGCUGCACAGACAAGCGGAGGCCAGGGAUCACGCAGCAGCCAGGGCCGCUUAUUAUGCAGCAGCCGCUCCACCUACUGCACAACAGGUCCUGCGACCGUCGAGUAUAAGCAGUAAAGUCGAGUAUCCACCGCCACCAGCUCAUUCGAGAACCUCGAAAUCGUCGUUAACGGUAACGAGUCAUCACGAAAAAUCGUCACAACCUUCACAAGUGAUCGGGCCGCCUCACAGCGGUCUACCGAAGGCUGAGCCGAACGUGAGCUUGUUCAGUUACUCGAAUUAUCAACCUCAAGGAUCGUACAUGCAUGAGAUAACGGUGAAGAAUGAAAUGCAGCAGCACAAGGGCUCGUCGGGGAAAGGAGGAGGAAUCGACAGGGAUCAUCACGGGAGAGAAAUGCUCCCUAAUCCACCUCCUUUAUUGCCCGAUCACAAGAGCUCCGUAAUAGUUAAAAAUGACGGUAGGGAUCUUCAGCCAAAGGGACCGCCUCCGCCUCACUCGUCGAGUCCAAAAAUGAUGUCUUAUCUGAACCUUCAAUCGGUCGCGCCUUCGAUAACCGUGCAACAACAGCAGCAGCAGCAGCAGCAGCAGCAACAACAACAACACAAAUCUGUGGCUUACGAGUACAGGAGUCCGACGCAAAGUCCUCAUCUUCAUCAUUUGGACAGUUUACAAGCUGCCAAAGGAAUGUCGCCCCAGAUCGGAGCUCAUCAUGGCCGAUUAAAUUCUGUACCUCCCCAGCUGCCCCCGAGUCCUCACGGGCAUCCCAGUCAUCCGCACAACCGUCAAUCGCCCCACGGACAACCUCAUCAUCCUCAUCAAACUCCGCAUCCUUCGCCUCCGGAACCACGUUACCUGAGCAGGCCCGAACCCGGCCUCGCCUACGCACCCGCCAAAUCUCCCUACUCCUAUUCUCACUUACCAACGUCCUCUCCGUCUUCACAUUAUUCCGCUCCACCCCCAGGCUCCAAACCCAAAGUCAGCAGUCCGGCGCCACCUCACAUUUAUGGCAAACCAAACUCGGGCAUAAUGACAGGUACCCCGGUUUGUCGAGCCUCCGAACCCGCGGUCACCGCGCCGCUUCCCCUUACUUCGAAAUCCGUCGUCGGAAGCUCACCCUAUCAACAAGUGCCUCACCAUCACGGAGCCCCACCGCCGCCUCUUCCACCGCCUGCUCACAGCAGCAGAUCGGUUUACGACGCCAGAACUUACGCCGGCUCGAUGCCUGCUUCGAAACUACCACCGCCGCCCCAACUGCACGGGUCCCCACCGAGCGCAGCAUCCGCACCGCUCUCCAGACCCCUCGUGACUCACCCCUCUCAUCACAUGAGCCCUCAUCAACCUGGACAACAAAUGCAACAUCAACAACAAUCUCCAGCCGCCUUUCAAACUCAACCGCUCGAUCUCGGCGUCGAAAGAUCCGGAUCCCCAAAACGUAAAGCGUCACACCCGUCCCUUGAUCAUCAUCCUGCCGGACAAGCCGUAUCGCUCGAGAUCUGUAAGAAACGCAGGCUCGAAGAGCCCCAACCGUUGUCUUUGCAGUGCGUCGGGCCCCAAUCUCUAUCCAGAGUCACUGAGCCUACGCCUCUCAUCGCCUCGGCAGCAACUUCCAUCACCACCGUCGUCAAUAAUGCCACUCUCCUCGCUCAGCCCACCAUCCAAAGUCAAGACUCACGCUCCUGGACUUCGUUGAGUCCAGCACCGAGAACCGACAGCGGUGACGGCUCCAUCAGGCCGGCGAGCACAGGAAGUGUCAGCUCUCUCAAUAAUCCUAUGACUAACGCCACACCCAGCACAGCGCCCAGUCCCGCACCAACAUCCAGUCCAGCACCUACAAAUGCUGCUCCUAGUCCAGCCCCCAGUGCUCCUGGUACGCCCGCCAAAAUCAAUCCCACUACCACCGACAGCGAAAAAUCCAACAGCCCCGCACCCAGACCACCCAGUACAACCAAUUAUCCCGUUCACAAACUCAAAAAAGCUUGGCUUCAAAGGCACUCCGGCGAAGACGGUACCGAGGAUACCACCGGCGUCGUUGGCAGUGGAUCCUGCGUCAUGCUACCCCUCAAAAUCGCUCAAGUACCUUCGCAACCCCUUAACAACAAAGAUGCCGAGGCCACAGCCACCGGCUCGACCACUACAAACACGUCGACCGCCGCCACAACCACCUCAACAACCAACUCCUCUUCGUCGUCCUCUUCUUCCUCCACAACCACCACCACCAAUUCUUUACCUAGUGCCGUCAAUUCCAUACACAACAUCGGCAGUAUGGCUGUAAAUAGCAUCAACAGAAGUAAAGUUACUGGAAAAAACGCGAGAAAAUCUUUAGUCAACAAAGACACACUCAAUGGACAUGCAAACGAUACUAAAAACAACCCCCAAGAGGACUCGUCCAGCAGCGAUCCUGAAAGAAAGUCACCACCUAAGAGAAAACCACCCAAGGUAAAACGAAAGAAGGGAGCAGUGCGAAGACAGCAGGCAGCUGCCGAAGACCAACGAAGGAGGAAGGAGGAGAAACAAGUUAGCGGUACUGUACCUCCUAGCGAUUCUAGUAACGACAGUGAAGCAGGAUCCGGCAGCGAUGCCAGUGAACAAUUGACCUCAUCAACACAAUCCGCAUCCAGGGGACGCAAUACUAGUGCUAAUUCCAACAACUCAUCGGGAAAUGGGAACAGCAAAGAACCGAGAAAACGUGGGAGACGACCAAAAACGUCGAAGGGGAAAGAGGCGGUGGACGAGGAUCAACAGCCUCGUCAAAAAAAAGAACGACGAGACGACAGCACGUCAAACAGCGGAGGCGGUGGGAGUAAUGCCGGAACGACGGGCAGCAGCGGUACGAGCGGUGGCCAGGGUGACAGCGACGUCGUCGCGAAACCGACGAUCGCGCAGUUAAAAAAGUCUGGCGCUAGCUGGCUUCAGGACGAAGCCUGCGUCAUGAUUUCUCGAAUCGCAAGAUGUCGGGAAUGCAUGGGAGCUUCUGGGGCUAAUUUACCUCAUACUUUUUGCCGAUUUUAUCAAUUUCGAAGACUACGCUAUUCGAAAAGCGGCGUCGCUACUGUCGCCGGAUUCAGCGAUCCUCACACUGACAUUGGCGAGUCCGACCUCUCACUCUGGCUACCCGGAAAGGAAAAUCAGACGUCGAAAAUAAUUGAAAAAUCAGAAAAAAACGAGAAAGAUGGCGUGAGCGAACGGGGCGACAUGGACUUGGAAAUGGCUCAUAUACUUUUGCGUCAAGUCGGUGAUCAAUUUUGCGAUCUACUGAAUCAGGAGACUGACGCUCUCGCAAGGCAUAUCGUUGAAGCGAGAUCAACCGGACUCGUGGAAGACACGGUUGCUUGGAAACGCGUGAUCAAAGGAGUCCGAGAGUUAUGUGACGUUUGCGAAACAACACUUUUCAAUAUUCACUGGGCUUGUGGAAGAUGCGGCUUCGUCGUAUGCAUCGAUUGCUAUCAGGGACGCAAGAACGGUACAAUAAAAAUAUGGGGUGAAUUUGCGAAGGACCGUGACGACUUUUCGUGGAUAGUUUGUAAAAAUCGACAAGCUCACGAUCCCGAAAGACUGAUGCUGACCCAAAUAAUACCGGGCGACACGCUCGUCCGAAUAGGCGAUCGUCUGCACGAGUGUCGAGCUGAAUGGGGAAUUCCUCAACACUGCGGUUGCCCGUUGUCAAAACCAUCACCACCAAACGAAAUUCUCCGAAAGUUAAUAAGCGCCGAUUCAGUGAUAAUUGCCAACGGGAACGUGACGCAUGAUGGAAAAGAAGACAAAAAGAGCAACGAGUCGAACGGCUCGCCAAAUAGCAAAGCAAACGGAGAAGACAAGAAUUCUCCUCUCAAUUGGUUAGCCGACGUAGCUCUUCAGAAUCAAGAGAAAAAUGAGAGUAAUUCGAGCUCCGAUUCGGACGAGGAUCGCGAUGGUAAUUAUUCGACCCUGAGGGAACUUCUCAUCAGGCCGUCAAACAAACCCAAUGGUACAGGCUCCCGAUCAAAUUCACCUACCAACAACACCCCCGGUCCGAACUCCGGAGCCAAUACAACGAGCGCAAAUACCACGCAAAACAACACCGUCAGAGUAGGUAAAAAAUCUAAAAUGGACACUCUCGACGAAGUUAUUUCGAGCGUGAUCGAGCACAGUGUGAAGAAAGAGCGUGAUGGCGGCAUGGAGAAUGACGAGAAACCGCGCGAACUCAAACACUUUGUACGUCGCUACAAAUGGGCCCAACGGGGCAGAGAACCUCUGCCUAUCAGAAUAAUGACUCUUAUAGAGAGUAAGGGCCUCUACCCUGACGUUCCCCACUCGUGGCUCUGCGACGGUAAAUUACUCAAGCUCAACGAUCCGAACAAUCCAAACAAUUAUAGAAUAUUCCAAGAUCAAUGGAAACGUGGACAACCGGUCAUCGUUUCCGACGUCUCGAAAUCACUCGAUAUGGAGCUCUGGCAUCCGGACUCGUUCGCUCGCGAUUUUGGUAAUGAUAAAAACGAUUUCAUCAAUUGUAUGACCGGCAACCUUGUGCCUAAUCAACCGAUGCGCAAAUUCUGGGAAGGAUUCGAACAUUUCUCAAAACGUCUCAAGGACGAACGUGGCAAUCCGAUGCUCUUGAAACUCAAAGAUUGGCCACCAGGAGAUGAUUUCUCCGAAAUGCUACCCUCGCGAUUUGCCGAUCUCAUGAAAGCUCUACCCCUCUCCGAGUACACACACCGAAACGGACGACUCAAUCUCGUCAGCCGACUGCCAGAACGAUGUGUUCGGCCUGAUCUUGGACCUAAAAUGUAUACCGCUUACGGAUCGGCUCUCUAUCCCAAAAAAGGAACUACCAACCUUCAUCUCGAUAUUUCCGACGCUGUUAACGUUAUGGUCUAUGUUGGAAUUCCCAAAGACGGCGAUAACGACGAACACGUGAAAGAAGCGCUCAGAGCGAUUGACGAAGCAGGCUGUGAUAUAUUAACCCGUCGACGUGUGCGAGAACGCGGUGAAGCACCGGGUGCUCUAUGGCACAUCUACGCGGCUCGUGAUGCCGACAAAAUACGUGAUCUUUUGAACGCUGUUGCGCUCGAACGUGGAGCCCGGCUCGAACCCCAUCACGAUCCCAUCCAUGAUCAGAGCUGCUAUCUCGACGGUCCUUUGAGAGAACGGCUUUAUCGCGAAUAUGGUGUUGAAGGUUACGCGAUAGUGCAAUGUUUGGGCGACGCUGUUUUCGUGCCGGCUGGUGCCCCGCAUCAAGUGCGAAAUCUUCACAACUGUAUCAAAGUAGCGGAAGAUUUCGUGUCACCGGAGAAUGUGUCUCACUGUUUCCACUUGACACAAGAGUUUCGAGCGCUCUCGGAAUCCCACAUGAAUCGUGAGGACAAGCUACAAAUAAAGAACAUAAUUUAUCACGCGGUGAAGGACUCGCUCACUGUACUGGCCAAUACGAAGGAAGAAGUAUUGGCGAAGCACAGUAAGGCUAAUAACGAGGUCAAAGUCAAAGAGGAGACGUAGCGUUGAGCCCCUCGUCAUUGAAGAUCGACAGAUCUCAAUUGAUCAAUAAUCGAAAAUCUCGCUCGCGCGCGUCUUUGUCGAAGCGCAAGCGAGUGCUGCAACGUGAGGCGCGGCGGCGGCGGAUUCUCCGUCGACGAGUUACUCGAUCCCUCGCUAUACGGAAAUCUCUCUCGGUGCUUCCUGUUUCACGUCCGCGGAGAUAUUAUGUUACAAAGAAAAACAAAGUAAAUGGACGAGACGACUUCGGAGAGGAGAAGAUCCAAAGGGAGAAAAUAUAUACUGAUGCGCGCUUGAACGCGCAAUUAAUUGUUGUGAUAUUUGACGAGAAACGCGAGAGUUUGAUUUAACGUUUUCACUUCCUCUCUCAUCCUCUUCACCUGUUUUUCUUUUUCUUCAUUUUAAUUGGCUGAGCCAAUGAAGAUUGUUCGUUGUUUCAUCGUUUAAGUUUCUUCUUAUCACCUCAUUACACAUACAAACCAUAUAUUUAUCAUAACUCUCAAUCUGUUUCUCUUUCUCUUUGUCUUUCUCUUCCACUCACGUUUCUUUCUCUCUCUCCAAGUGUCCGUCUCGAUGAAACGCGCGUCAAAUCUCGGACAUGAAGUCCGUCAUUUAUAACGACGUUUCAAAAACACUUUUUGGACUGAAGAGCGGGGGAUGAUACUCUCUAAAGGUUUCCCCUCUGGGCUAGAGAAUCAACGUCAUCCCCUACACGUCCAAACACAAUUGUGAUACCAGGAAGAAGGUCUUUGGAUCAUACGUCGUUUGUAAUUAAUUAUAUCGUGCCUGUAUCCAAUACACACUAUUGUCUAUUCUAUUAUCAUAGAAAAUAAAUGUAGAUAAUCGAUCAUUGAAAUAAUGUUACGUAUAUAAAAAGAAGUAAAAGGAAAAAAACGACACUGAAAGAAUUAUCUACCAAGAACCGCGUGACCCGCCCCAUCCAAACGCUUUUUGCGCAUCCAAGCGCGCACAAUCGUGUGCUCGGGUCGGCGAAUUCUUUUUUUUUUUUUUUUUGUAAUAUAUUGUGCAAUUGGUAACUACUCGAUUUAUUCAACGAAUCGCUAUCAUAAAUCUAUGUCGGUGUGUACGUUUCGGUAGCAAUGAAAUUUGUGGAAAAAGAAAAUCUUGGAGCCAAACAAAAACAAUAAUGAUUUAUAUAAUUCCGAGUGAAUUGGGAUCGAUCCCCGUGCGAUCUUUGUGUUACAAAUUUCAAAACAGUUGUACAUUUGUACAGUUCGAAAGGAUCACUGCCCUCCCGUUUUAGUCGCUUUCUUUUCAUUCAGAACUGAUUCGUCUCUAUUGUGUUUUUAUGAUAUUCUAUUACAUUUUAUUCUUUUUUUUUUUUUUGUUUUUUAACCAUUUCGAUAUAAAAAUCUCGUUAUCGCAUGCAUUAGAGACACACAUUAACUGAAUGCAUUCGUAACUCUGUUGCCUUUUUGGUUCGAGGAAUACGUGCCGUCCGUAAAAACAAAGAAACAAAUGAGAGGAACACGUUUCUAACGUGCUUUUCAUUAUAACCAACGAUCUUAGCUCGAUUACUAACGAAACAACCAGAUCGAUGGGACGACAAACCUAUCGGAAAAAAAAACUUUGCGCCCCUUUAACUUGCCUUGGACUUUUUUCGGCAAUAGAAUUGAGGCAGUACGGAUCGCGAGCCAAGAACUGUGACGAAAGCGCAAAAAUUUUGAGAACUAAAAGAUUUGUUAACACGCCACGAAAAAUCUGGUUUAAGAUUUUGAAAUAGAUAACAGAAAAGCAGUGGUUACAUGUAAACAAUUGAGUGCCAAUAUUGAUCGGUUUUAGGUUUUUAUUUGCCCGCGCGAUAAGCAAAAAAAAACUUUUCUGCGCUUUCUGUGAACAAAGAAAAAUGUGUAUAAAGAAUUUUUCGUAACGGACGAAUCGCCAGCGACAGACCGAGUUCCUGAUGCGGAAACAAGUCUGUAAUAAAGAACGUGAUUGUUGAAAAGCGUCAUGAAGAAAAAAAAAAAAAAAAUGAAAAGAAAAGAACCUUAAAACGAUGGCAUUGUGAAAUAGAUAAUAUUUGAUUUUUUUUUUUACUUUUUUUCUCAUGACGUUUCAUCCCAAGUAGAAAUGUGUGUUUCGCUUCGAAAAAAAUAACUUUUUUUUUCUAUUCGUGUUUCAUGAGCUCGCUCAACCAAGCCCCCAGCGUCACGGGGCAAUUUUUUCGAAAUGAGGAAGAAUCAUUAGCCCUUUCUGAUGCUCUCGUCGAUAAUCGAAACGUUUGUUUUAAAGCGCAUAAAACAGAGCAAUGUUUUAGCGGUCUACGACGAUACUACGAAUGAUAAAGACGAGAAGAAAUCCUGAAAUUCGCAGUUUCUUUGAUCUCAACAAUUUUGUCGAGCAACAACGACUUCGUAAAAUAAUAUUUAAACGAGUAAACUCUCAAGUUUCCUAGUGAGUACACAAACACAUGCAAACACAUUUAAUACACGUAACAAGAAAAAUUAUCCGUGGAAUGAUAAUUGACUGCGCGUAAAGAGGGAGAGAAAAAAAACAAUGAUUAAAUGACGAGAUGGGAGUUGUGUAAAAUUUUAGUGACGUACACUGUGUACCAUUUAAGCAAAUAGCAGCAGGCAAAAAAGUACUCGUUUUCUUGUAUAUAUUAUUAUUAACAAAGAAUUAACAAAAAAUCUUUCAUUUAUAUACACAUUGUAUGUAUAGAUAUACAUAUAUAAAUAUGAAGGAAUGUAAAACAUAAGAAAAAACAAACAUUGAGUAGAUUUUAAGUGCGAAACACACUCCAACGCUCACACAAUGAAUGAAAAAAGGAAAAAGAAUGUUUUGAAAAAAAAACAAACAAACAAACAAACGGACACUCGACACCCCCGUAGUUAGGUAGGCUAUUAAUCUUAUCAUCUUCACGAUAAUUAUAAUAAUAAUUAUUAUCAUUACGAUUCAUUAUUAUUAAGGAAGACACGAUAUUUAAAUGUUGCUGGAUAAUGCCGAAUAUGAAAACUGGUAAAACGCAGCGUAAGUCUAAAUGAGUGCGAUAGUCGAAAAAAAACGUUGAAAAUAAAACAGAAAAAAAAUACAACAAUGAUGCGAGAGGGUGCGUGUUCCGAGUGUGUAAAUGAAAUUAAACAAAAGGCGAACUGAGAGAUGAAAGAUCACGGACUCUGUCUCGCGGUGAGGGCGUAGGGCGGUUUUAUUCUAAUUAAUUAAAUAUAUAAAUAAUAAUGUACAGUCCAUAUUAAUAAUCGAAACUGUGAAUGAAUGGAGUUGAAAUGGAAAAAAAAUUAUACCCAGUGUCCUGAAGCCACCGCGGCCGCCCUUCAGCCCUCCCCCAAGUCACGACAGUUGAGAACCGCGUGCCGGCGGGUCUGAGUAUAAUUUUUUGUACUGUGUAAAUGUAAGAACAUACGUUUGAAUAAAAAAAUGUUUAUAUUAUGAAA